CCAAAACAAAUCUGAGCGUAGAAGUAAAAAAAAGAGUAAAAAUUUAAAAACUGAAAGAAUGCAAUCAAAGAUCAGUUCAUUUUUCAAGCCCUCUCCAGCUACGGCCAAAAUUAAAGUCGCAUCUCCGAUUUCUGCUAUUAUAUUCGCCAACGAAGCCGAGAUCUGUGAAGACCCAGAAAUAACUGUUACUUACAAGCGCAGAGCUAGAAACCCAGGCAGUGAGAGUGAUGCCGAUUCAGCUGGAGCAACAAACAGACUUGGUGAGGUGGAUAUGGUAGCAAAACUGGAGGUGCCCAAGUCUGGAAAAGUUCUUAAUAAAAAGAGAAAAUACGCACAGUUUUAUUUGGAAUUAGGUCAGUCUGAUUUUCUGCUGCACGCUUGUACAAUUUGUGGAUUUAAGUAUGCCAAAGGUGAUGAAGGGGAUGAAAAGGUUCACAAAACAUUUCACAAGAAUUACACUCACGGCAUUCAGUUUAAGGGGUGGCGAAAUGAAAGAGUUAUAUACGUUCCUUCGCUUGACACUGGGCGUGUUAUCAUAGUGUUAAGCGAUGACCCUCCUGCUCAAAGAAGCAAGGUUCAGGAUGUUGUUAAGAUGAUGGAGAUGGAUCUUGGGGAUGGGUGGAUAUUUCAUCAGCACUGCAAGGUGUAUCUGUUUGUAUCUUCUGGAAGAGUUACUGGCUGUCUAGUUGCAGAACCAAUAGAGAAGGCCUAUCGGAUUGUUUCAAGCUCAACAGGAAAAAAGUCUCAGGAUCAAAAUGGAAAAGGAGGAAGAGAGAAUUCAGUGGUUCUCCAAUUUGGUGAAGUGAGCUUCCAAAGAGAAAUAGUGAGAAAGAAUAACUCUGCCAAAGGCAAGGAAAUGUGUGAUUCAGUCACUGGAGAGAUCUUAUGUGAGAAGGAAGCUGUACCUGCUAGUUGUGGUAUAAGGGCCAUUUGGGUUACUCCUUCCAACAGAAGGAAGCACAUCGCGAGUCACUUGCUGGAUGCUGUGAGGGGCAGCUUCUGCAAUGGCCGAAUUCUGAAUUGUACCGAUUUGGCAUUUUCUCAACCAACCUCUGCUGGAAGGGCCCUAAUAUCCAAUUACAUUGGCGGAAAUGCAUUCUUGCUCUACACAACUUCGUGAUUUUGAGUAAGAAACAUUCGCAAUUCCAUCUAAGCAAUCUUAUCUAUAAACAG